AGCAGCGGCCCGCGUACACCCGCCUCCACGCCCCGCCCAGAGCCGCACCGAGAGUGCGCAGACAGCGCCCGCCGUUUACGACAAGCCGAAAAGCAGUGGCCGCAGCAAGCGCUGGGUGGGCCGGGCCGUUAUGGGGAAAAUCGCGCUGCAGCUCAAAGCCACGCUGGAGAAUGUCACCAACCUCCGGCCAGUGGGCGAAGACUUCCGGUGGUACCUGAAGAUGAAAUGUGGCAACUGUGGUGAGAUUUCAGAGAAGUGGCAGUACAUUCGGCUGAUGGACAGUGUGGCACUGAAGGGAGGCCGUGGCAGUGCCUCCAUGGUCCAGAAGUGCAAGCUGUGUUCGAGGGAAAACUCCAUUGAGAUUUUGAGCAGCACCAUCAAAUCUUACAACGCUGAAGACAACGAGAAGUUCAAGACGAUAGUAGAGUUUGAGUGUCGAGGACUUGAACCAGUGGAUUUCCAGCCCCAGGCUGGGUUUGCUGCUGAGGGUGUGGAAUCAGGGACAGUCUUCAGUGACAUUAAUCUACAGGAGAAGGACUGGACUGACUAUGACGAAAAGGUUCAGGAGUCUGUGGGAAUCUAUGAGGUCACCCACCAGUUUGUGAAGUGCUGAACCCUCUUCCUGUACACUUGCCUCGGAGCUGAAAAGGGAGAGCGUGCCCCCAGCAGCAGAGCGCAGAGGCUGGUCCCCUCACCCCUCGUCUCCUGGCAGUGGUCCAGGCCCUCACGGCCUGCCUGCUCGGCUCUGCCACAGCUUCCCAAGCCCCGCCAAUAAAGUCCCUACUUGUGCCACA